AUGCACAGUGCGCAUAUGCGUGUGCCUGCAUGGUGUACGUGUGCGUGCGCGCGGCGUGCGUGCGCGCGCCUGGUGUACGUGUGCGUGCGGUGUGCGUGUGCGUGCCUGGUGUACGUGUUGUGCGUGCCUGGUGUACGUGGCGUGCGCGCUGUGCGACUGCCGCGAGGCCGCGAGGCCGCGCGAAGGACUGGGACGGGCGAGAGUGGCCGCAGGGCAGGGCCGCGCGCAGAGCCGCGAGUGGACCGGGAGCCGCGUGGGUGCACCGCGGGCUGCCUCCCUGUCCGUGUCGUUUGCUCGCCGGCCUCUCGGCUUGCGGCGCCAGUUGUGCGCCCACCGCCCCCCAAGUCCCCCACUCUGAAGCCCUUGCGCCGAGACAACAUCCCGCAGAUGGUGUGGCUCAAGCAGACGCCGGUUUCCCCCAGACCUGGCCGCGUCCCCCCACCCGCGGGAGUUGGUUCACCUCAGCCCCCCCCGAAGGCCUGUGAGAACGUCCGCAUUUGGGGUCGUUCAGCCCACCGCGACGUGGAAAGGCAGGAGCGGGACAGGGCCGCUGCUGGAGGAGAGAAGGAGCGCAGCGGGCCGGGUCUCAAGUCAGAGACCCGCAACAGGCAGCGAGGCCCUGAGGGGGCGGCUGCGGGCUCCCCGGGGGAGACCCUGGGGGGGAGGGGACGUCCUGGCCGUCGUGGGGACACGUCUGCAGUAAAGGAGGCCGAGCUUCCACAGGGCCGGCUCCUGGGAGGACCCCAAACCCACAGUUUCCUGGAGUACCUAGGCCAGAAGGUGGGCCUCAUGGGGGGAAUCCUGAUGCCAGGAGGCGGCAGACCAAAGCCAGGGUUCGAGGAGAGCGCCGUUCUGAGCUGGGAGUUCGCAUUCACCGAGUGGCCUUUUGUGUGGCUCAAGGCGUCUGUGCCCGUGCGAGGCCUGCAGGUCUCUGCGCCGCCGUCCAUCAGGGUGGGCACUUCGGCCUGGCUGGAAGCCGCCGGCAGGGGCCCUGCCAUCCCCGCAGGUGUGAGCUGUGUCUCGGGGUCCGGGGCCGCCAGGAGGGCCGCAGUCAAGGUGGGGUCCGCGUGGGAGCUGCGGGUCUCAGCCGAGGCCCUGAUGGAAAUGGAAUGCGGACUCUCGGGCCCCACGGUGGACGCUCUGAGUCAGUCUCCGCGCCGGGGCUCUGAUGGAGAGAGCCUCCCGGAGGCGCUGCUUGAGACCCGAGCUGACUCCUGUAAUAAGAGGGGGUUCUGGACCCGGGAAACACGGGAGCGGGACUGGAGGGGUGCAGGUGCCCACGGCUGA